UAGUCGUUUUCGGCCCAUUCAGUCUACAACGAACGUUCGCUCUGAUAACUUGGUUAACGACGCUGGCAACAAAACAAACUGAAGAUUUUUUUUCAUUUCAUUCUAAAAACAAAGAAGCAACUACAAACCGCGCGCGUUGUUUUUAUUUUUGUGUUUUAUUUUAUUUUUAUUUAAUGGUGGAUUAAAAGUUUUCUGAUUUAAGAAUCAUUUCAAGAUUCUGAUGUGUCUUUAGAAAAGAGAAAAUGCAAACAACAGUGGCAACAAUAACAUCAGCCAAGAGUGUGUGAAAAAAGCAUAGAAACCACCAACAACAAUAGAAUAAAGUGGAAAAACAGAAGUGGCGGCGGCGUUAUUCAAGUACCAUUGGCAGAGCCCUUUUGAAUAAAAUAAGAAAACAAAAACGGAAAUACUAGUGCAAUAGCAACAACUGCAAUAACAACAACAACGACCAGCCGUUUAGCAGCCGUAAGACAAUUGCAACUCACAACUGACGGAAGUUUCAAAGCAAACGCUCAAGCUGGUUUUGCCCAAUUUCGUGUUUGGUUUUGGGCUCCUUUGUGAUGCGAUGUUUCAAAAGAAAAAUUGUACUCAAUUAAGAGGAAGUGAAAUUUUAAAGCUGAACUCUGUGAGAAGAGACAUUCAAAGUUAAAUAUAAUCAAAAGAAAAAUAAUUGCUGACAAAAUUGACAACCGGAUUUAUAUGUUAAACCGACAACAACAACUAUAGCGAAUAAUUUACACAGCUAAUCAUACGCUAAUAACUUACACCGCUCGCGAAAAGAACCUUAGCCAAGAUUUGUUGCUUGUGUGUUUUUUGCUUUAAUUGAGAAAGUCGCGACAUUAGGUUGGCAAAUAUACUCACCAAAACCCCAAUUCAACCAUACUCACCAUUACAUUACGGGUGAAGGUAAACAAACGUGUAUUAACAACAACAACUGUGGAAAACAAGCAAACCUUUGCCAGAUUUAAGCUAAGAAACGUAGAAUUUUGGUGGUUAUAAGAAAUAAAUUGAAAAGAGAGCAAAAAAAACAAAGAAACAAAAUAAAUCAACUUUUUAGGUGAAAUAAUUAUAAAAAUCCAUAUUCAGGGGGAAAAAAACUAAAAAAGUUGAAUAAAUUUAAGUAAAAUAAAAACAAAAAAUUGUGCAAGGAAAACCGCAAUAAAUUGUGAAAAGUGAAAAUUUUGCUAAAAAUUUAACCACUAAAAAUAGUAAAGGCAAAAGCAACUGAAAAAAGAAUAAAAGAAAAGUAGUUAAUUAAUACGUACAGCAUAAUAUCAAUACAGUUGUUGGUGUUCUCCUACCAAAAAAAAAAAAAAAAAAUUAAAUAAAUAAUAAAUAAUCUCAUAUAUUGUUAAUAUAGUAUACACAACUCCCCAGGGGCUGCUGCUCGCUUCAAGCCACCUCAGCUAAAUCGUUACACUUGAAUCAACAAACCGUGAAGCAAGCCACCAAAGAAUCUAACAUUCAACAACAACAGAAACAAUCUCGGCCAGAUAGCACCUCAACUGGAGAGUAUGUUUUCUUCACAGCUCAACAUGAUGCUAAUACUGACCCCAAAGGGUAACAUCAUCCUGUGAUGAUGGUGGCUACCUAACAUUUUGUAGAAUAUUGAAAUAAAAAAUAACAAAACAACGAAACUUUUGUACAGAAAAAAACAAAAUUAAAUGUCGCAAAACAAUAACCGCUUAUAACGUUUCAUGAAAACAACAAAUUGUAAUGCAUUGCAUCUUAGGAUUUUGUAAUUAACAUAUUAUUAACAAAUCAUUCAACUGCAUUUUGUAAAAAACAACAACAAAACAUACAAAAAACAGAAGUAUGUGUGGAAAAACAGAAGUAUGUGUGGAAAAUGUUGCUGCUACAGCUGCUGCCAUUAUCAUCAUUUGUUAACAAUUGUGUGUAAAUUCAAAUCGUAACUUCUUGUGUGUGUGUGUUCAAAUCGGAACGAAAAGAAAAACCACAAUACAAAAAGAAAAACAACAAAAACUAUCUAACAACAACGAACGAUCUCUGACAUUGAUGGUUUUAUUGCAUCUCAAAACAAAAACCUUAAAUCCGAAAACAAAAUCGGUUACAAUACAACAAUUAAAACCAAAAGUUCGAAACUUCAUAGCCAUUGCUUGCUAAACUAACCCCUGUGUCGGCAUUGUGGGCUUGUAAAAAAAGAAACCAAAAAACAUCCGAAAAGAAGGCCAAACAUCUACAAUAAACCCCUCCUCUUUGAAGGGGCUUACAACGGCUUCGAGCAUAAACCAUAUCUCAGACACCACAUCAUGCAUACAAAUAAAUUAUUGAACAAUAAAAACAAAACAGCAUUUAAUCCAUCAGCAUCUAAUAAAUUACCAUCAUCGUCAUCCGCUUCGGCUAACCCGACAUCAUCAUCAUCAUCACCAUUCGCCAAAUUAUCAUCCUCAUCAUCAACCCCAUCAAUAUCGCCAUUAUUGACCACCUUCGAUGUUGAUCAUCCAUAUCGCCACUAUUCACAACACCAUCAUUCCGCAUAUCAUCAUCCUCAACAUCAGCAAACAAUCAGCAAUUUCAAUCCCCUCCACAACUCAUCACUUGCCUCCUCGAUUGAUUUAGAGCCAUACCUUGAAGCCAUGGAGGCACGUACCACUUCAAUGGAUCGCAAUCAGGAGACGGAUGUCUGGGCCCAGUUGCAGCAAAAAGAAUCGGAUAUCUUACUAGCGGCCGAACUGGGUAAGGCAUUACUGGAAAAGAAUGAAGAGUUGGUGAAGCAGCAUGAGAAGCUGAUCGAGGAAAAUUCAAUUAAAAUAGAGAAAUUGGAACAAGAAAAACAUGUCCUACGACAAAAACUGGCCAUCGCUGAGGAGGAAAGCGAACAACGUGUGCUGGAAUUACAAACUGAUCUCAAUGAACUUAAAGACAAAUUGCAGGCUCAGGAAAACGCAAUACGUCAAGCGGAAAAGGAGAAGACGCUGCUAAUCGAAGAACUCUCCAGUCAAAAUGCCCGUUUAACAGAACAAAUACAGGAGGCACAUAAUACGGAAAUGAAGUUGAUGGCACAAAUACAAGAACUAAAAGAUCAGUAUUCCUAUAGGAAUACCAGUUUACAGGAACAUGUCAAUAGCCUGGAAUCCAUAAAAACGGAAUUAAAUCUUACCACAGAGAAGCGCCACGAAUUGGAGAAACGUUUACAGGCCGUCGAAGAGGAAAAACAAAAUCUAAGCGCUGCUCUAGACGAAUCAUCAGAUCGCAUACAUAUGCUGGAAAGACAUGCCCGUGAACAGGAAACUAAACUAGAGACCACUUUGCAAGCACUUGAAAGAUCAACCAGGGAGAAUAAUGUCCUAAGCGAACGUUUGGGAGCGGAUAAUUAUUCUGGUUCCACGGGCAAAAAAUCCCUACAAUUUGAAAUGGAAUGCGAUGAGGAUGAGGCUAAUUUCUCGGAAGAUGGCAAGCCUUCACAGAUAUGGGUUGAGUCACGAUCCGUGUACAUACAAUUGAAAUCCCUUGUAGAUUCACUCAAAAUCAGUCACGAUGAUGACUCAGGUUUAAAUUCGGACAUAUCAUUGGAUCUGGAGUCCAUGGACAAUACCAUAUCAUCGACAAGUGAAGUUGGUAUGGACAGCAAUGGCAAUACGAAUGCCAAUGGCAGUCAUGCCAUUAAUUUCCGUCCAGGCAUGCUGUCGGCCAUGUCAGAUGAGCUAACACGAUUACUAUUGAAUUUGGAUGCGGGUAAUUUCAAGAAAAUGUUGGAUCAAACUCGAAAUUUGGUUUUGGAACAGGAAGAUGAAAUUAAACGAUCUCAUCAACUGAUACAACAGCUGGAAGCUAAGUGUGCUGUUACCGACGUUGAAUUACAAAAUGUCAAAGAGGAAAGAGAUCAAGCCCGUGGCGAUUUGGUCGAUAACACUGAUCGUGAUGAAUUAUUGGCCAAGGCCCAAAAAGAGCGUGAUAAUGCUACAGAGAGACGUACCAAGGCCGAAGUUGAAUUGGCCAAGACCCGUGUGGAACUUAUGCAAGCCAAUUCACAGUUAUUGGAAUCCAUUCAACAAAAGGUUGAACUGUCACAACAAUUGGAACAGUGGCAGAUGGAUAUGCAAGAAUUGAUCGAAGAACAAAUGCGUUCGAAGAUGAUCAACAAUCGUAAGACACAAGCUGAUCCACAGACCAAUACCGGUGGCCCUGGCAAUUUGGCCAAACGAUUGGCCAACUACAAGUUGUGGAGUCUCUUUCAACGGUAAUCUAACAUCGUUGAAAUGGUGGCGAUAUGCGCCCAUAAUUUUAAUCAUGUAAAAGCUUUCAACAUUCAUUCAAUUGAGUUAAAACAAAAACUUGUACUUAUUAUUUAAAACUUUAAACUCUACCAUAAUUUGUGUAUAAAUCAAUUUUUAAUUAAUAUGUUUUUUUUUAUAUAAAUGUAUAUGUAUACUAUGUUGUUUUAAAGAAAUAUUUAUAAUAAAAA